CUCACCCAACACAUUGUUUGCCAAUGUAGUUACAUUAACAAUAUUAUUAUUACCAGAAUGACGGCUUUUCGCGUUCAAUUUGGAAUUGGCCUUGAGUGGUCUCCCUGGAGAGUUCCUGUAGAAAAUUUCAAAUGGACCAAAGAGACUGCAGAUCAUCUACGAGAGAAAAUUGUGAAAGUCUUACCAACUAAGAAAUCUGGUAUUACACAACUUAGAGUACUUGUUAUUGGACCUAAAGGACAUGGAAAAUCAUCACUAAUCAACUCUUUUGCCUCUAUUAGCGAAGAAGCCAAACUUACUGCUUGUAACGCUGCUGAAAAGGAGUCAAAUGUUACGACAAUUUAUCGCAGCUAUGAGUUUCUUGGUGAUAUGGCUCAAUUUCGUGUAUGUGAUAUAUCAGGACUUCCAAAGAAGAAAGAUGAGGAAAUGAGACCGUUUUUGAAAGACAUUGAACUGUUAAUAAAAGGGAAAAUAAAAGACCCCUAUGAGUUUACCGAAGAGACAAUUUCUGAAGAAAACGAACAUUUCGUCGCAGACCCUUCAUUAUCAGAAAUGAUUCACUGUGCCAUAUUCGUAUUCGAUUGUGUUGAAGUCUACGAGAUACACCAGUACUAUAAAGAUAGCGUGAUGACAUUAUUGGAUGCGAUUAACAAGCAAA